GAUUUAUAUACUACCUCUCUUAUAAACCGUAACUAAUUUUUAACAUCAAAUGUCUUCUAAACAAUUAGUAAAACGGGACAGGGUUAACUCACCACGCAUCUAUUAUAACAUUACGCCGCUAACCUUAUGAUGUUUCUCAGUAUACCAAAUUUGAGGGUCGUAAUCUUGUAAAAAAUAUAAACUUGGAACCGCGCUUUGCCUACUCCAGCAUCGUCAACAUUACUCUGUGCCUCGAUAAUAUAAUGUGUCACUGGAGCUGAAAGACUAAUCUUCUUAGCAGCAAGCUGAAGGUCUCUCACAAUCUCAAUCAGCAUAACUUUUUCAUCCGGCUUGUUGGUCGGACCAAUGUAAGAUUUGUCAACUUCAGGUGCGUGCUCAUAAUAGAAGAAAACCCCAUGAACCAUGGGGCGCGCCUUGUUAUCCCUUUCAGUUCGACUCGGGCUGCUUCUCACGGCUUCGGCCUCCAAACUCCUUUUCCAGCCCUUCCCCACGCAGGCCGGAGAUGGCGCAUUUGCUGCCUUACAGCCUAUGCCUACCACGGCCCCGGAAUAUUACGCGUCAACCGAGCUGCUAAGGCGCGACGAAUACCACAUGGGUCAUGAUACGUGCGGAUUUGGUGCUCUCGACUCUGCUAUUACUUAUACUUGUUACUCAAGUGUCGGAACAUGCGAAAAUAUUGGCGACUACAGGGGAUGUUGUACGGGAGAGCUGAAGGCAUGUUCGUCGAGUUUUUGGACUAAGUGUGACGAUUAUGAUCCGACGAGUUUCUGCGGCACGAGUUCAAAGACGCGUUGCUGUCAAUCGGCACUACCAUACUGCAUCACCUGGCUAUUCUCUACGAGUGGUUCAACCGUUACAGCAUGGGACUGUGAUACGCAAAGCAAAACUCGAGUUCUUGAGCUACUGACCACCCCCUUAAGCCUAAUUGAUAGUACGGCAUCGUCGACUACGGACGAUUUAACGAUCACGUCUUCAACGCACGAGUCUACGGAUUCACAUCCCGUAGCAACAAGUAGUUCGACCGUUUCAUCCUCAGCAUCGAUAGAUACCACUUCCGUACCAUCGAGUAACAGCUCCGGGACUCCUAUCGGAGCUAUUGUUGGCGGCGUUGUGGGUGGCGUUGCUGUUAUUGGAUUGACUAUCCUAGGCAUCUUCUUCAUUAAGAAGUACCACAAGGGCGCUCAUAUAACUGCAUCACCGCCACCAAUGCUUGCUGGACCUCAGGAACUUCCCGGUUCUGGAAUGUCUUCUCCCUAUCCGACUCCUUCCCAUGGGAACUACGCUCCCAUCUUGCAACACGGCGCUUCGGUACAGCCCAAGUAUCAAGCUCCAACGCAAGUUGCCGAGGCACCGUAUACCCCUGCCACUGGGACAGGGUACAAUCGAGCCGAGUUGAGAUAAUCGUACAAGGACUGUGCUUUGUAAGACUUAUAUUACUUAAGUACAUGUGAUAUUAUACGCAGAGCAAUAUACCAUUUAUGAUAAUAUACGGUUAACAGGAGCCGGCAUGAGGUAGAAAAGGUGUAAUACGGGCGAACGUAUAACUACCUAUUAGAGACUGUUCAGCGGAACUUAUUACAAUGAUAUAAAACACGGAGUGUACAUUUUAUAUGUUAUUUUCUCCAUCUGUUCACUAGAUAUUGUGGUAGUUUAGACAGUUAUCCCAUUUACAACCAUUCUAUGCAUAA